AAGAAAUUGAUUAUCCAAGUUUACAUGAAAAUAAUGUAUAUCCAUGCUAGAAAAUUUUCCAAGCAAGCACGAACAUGGUUUCAUAGCUGUUCAUCAAUUUAAUUUCCCAUGGCAAGCUUGGCUGUUGAUCCAACGGCGGUGAAUGGAUCCUGCGUCCAAGCACUCCACCGUCCUAAACUGAACUUUGUGGCAGCCGUCCACGUUUUCGUAAUCCCAGCACCCUUUCGGUUGCCUCCAAGCAUUAAAAAACUUGCCCAAAACGAACACUGAUUUCGAUAUUCACUGAAGUUUUUACCAAAGAAGCAACAAAAGCAACCAUUUUUAUGAACCCCAGUGGAAAAUCUUCGGCUUUCAUCGCUGAAAUCCUCCAUCCCACUAUCCAAUCAAGCUGUUACUCGAAUGCUACCUCUGCAAAUUCGCUGUUUUUCUCCUUGAACUUUGACCCAUAAACCCCCUUCCCUUCCAUCUCAAUUUGGGGGUUCUUGUGAGCUUCAUUUCUUCUUGUUUUCCCGAUAAACAAUGGUUUCCGUCUCAUUUUACCGCCCAAACUUUGUGUUCUCUUCAUUUCCGAACCGUGUUCCGACCUCAAAUCCUCUAUUUCAUGGAGUCCAAUUCCGAGGUUUAUCCCACCAUAAGCCUUUCCUUCGUGGUUCCCUUGCGGUGGCGAGAUUUGGGUUUACACCCGAGUUCUUGCCUGACCCGGAUCACGCCGAGGGCUUUUUGAGGGAGUUAUUCGGCAAAGCUGAGAGCGUUCUUUACACGAUUGCCGACGCCGCCGUGUCUGCUUCUCCGGAGGAUGUUACCACCGCCAAACAGACCGAGGAUUGGUUUACGGGGAUCACCAAUUAUAUGGAGAGCGUCCUUAAAAUUCUUAAGGAUGGCCUUUCUGCUGUACAUGUUCCUUAUGCCUAUGGUUUUGCCAUUAUACUCCUUACAGUUCUUGUUAAGGCUGCUACGUUUCCUUUGACGAAGAAGCAGGUAGAAUCUGCAAUGGCGAUGCGUUCUUUGCAACCGCAAGUGAAGGCUGUUCAGCAACGCUACGCUGGGGAUCAGGAGAGGAUUCAAGUUGAGACCGCUCGACUGUACAAAUUAGCUGGCAUAAACCCACUGGCAGGAUGCCUACCCACAUUGGCAACAAUUCCUGUAUGGAUUGGACUAUACAGAGCUCUCUCAAAUGUGGCCAACGAGGGUCUCCUCACGGAAGGUUUUUUCUGGAUACCCUCUCUGGCUGGUCCAACCACGAUUGCUUCUCGACAAAAUGGGAGCGGUAUCUCUUGGCUCUUUCCAUUUGUUGAUGGUCAUCCACCGCUUGGGUGGUCAGAUACUUUUGCGUAUCUUGUCCUGCCUGUGUUGCUGGUCGUCUCACAGUACAUCUCUGUUCAAAUUAUGCAAUCGUCGCAGAAUAAUGAUCCAAACAUGAAGAGUUCUCAAGCCCUAUCGAAGUUCCUACCGUUAAUGAUCGGAUAUUUUGCACUUUCGGUUCCUUCUGGUCUAAGCCUUUACUGGCUUACCAAUAACAUCUUGAGCACAGCUCAGCAAGCGUGGCUUCAAAAGUUAGGUGGUGCGAAAACCCCGGACAAACGAUUGAUUGAUGAAAUCAUGAAACAAGAACAACCCCAAAUCCAGAGCCAAGCGCCCAAGUUAGACUCAACCUCAAGUAGCACGGUAACUCGACAAGAAGAGAAGCUGACAGCAGAAGGGCUAAAACCUGGUGAAAGAUUUAAACAGAUAAAGGAGCAAGAGGCUAGGAUGAGACAGCAAAGUGAAGAAGAAAAAAGGAAAGCUGAAGAGGCAGCCAAGGUUGAAUCUCUGACAAUAAAUGAUAGCGACAAGAGUGCAGUUGUUGGAGUUGGUGUCAAUGGCAGUCUUUCUAGAACGGAUGUAAAGGAAGACCAAGGCUCCAUAUCUAUGACUACCAUGCAACGAACAGAUGUGGAAAACAAGCCAAGUGCAACUCCAGAGGAGGGAGUACACGAGACAUACACUGGAGUGGCCAAGGAUGCCAAACUAAAGGGAGAAGAACAAAGAGAGUAACUGGUUGACGCAAGAUAGAGAUAGAGAUAGUGUUUUGAUUUACAAGCCAGUAGGUUAGUUCACAUGGCUGAUAUGGCAGGAAAGCCAAUUGUUUCGUUCAGCUCGAUACCGUGAAGAACACUCCAUCGGGAGGUAUUCAAGCUUCUUUUUCCUGAUGGCCAGUUGAGUUUCAGAGUUUACUCGUCCAUCAUAGAUUUGGAUUGGGAAUGAUAUGGAAUGUAAUUUGAAAUCUGUACAAACACAGAUGAGUACACUUUCUUUUCAUGUGGGUUUGAUUAGAAUGAUGAGUAAUAAUGAAUGGCGCUUAGAACACAUUUUUUUGAA